GAGAUGAAUUUUUUCGUCCCCCCCCUCCCCUCUCUCCUCUCUUCCUUUGCGCUGAGAAAAAAACCCCGGAGUCUAACAUGGGAGAGGAAUAAAAACCCCAGCGGGACACAUGUUGGGACGUGCGGCUGCCUCCUGGCGCGUUUAGGUUGCUAGACAGCGAUUGUUAGAGAAGCCCGACACAAAAGGCUCAUGGGGAUUGGCUGCUGCUGCUGCCGGACGUCUGAGGGAUUCUUGAGGGACCGUCCUGAGCUGCGUGUUGGAUCAGCCUGAACACACACACACACACACACACAUAUUCAAACACACAUCCACAGUUUUGGCAGGAUAACGAUCUACUGAUUGCCACUCUGUAAAUCACAUCUGCACACACACACACACACACACACACACAUACGCAUCGAGCCAGCUGGGUGCUCGCCUGCCGUACUGCGUUGGCACCCACCUGACCGACCUGUCAGCAAUGACAUCACACAGCCACCAAGAGGGGAUCCUGGGAAAGGAGCAGCCGCUGGAGGUUCUGAAGACAUCGGCGCUCAACCACAUCCCAACAGUGGACAUCAACUCGGCGCUGCCCCUGCGUCUCCCUCCAGCCGCCAUCCCCAUGGACCUGCGCGUGGACCAUCACCAGCACCAACAGCAGCAGCAGCAGCAGCAGCAGCAGCAGCAGCAGCAGCAGGUGUCCUCGCUCUCCCCGCCAGGUCAGCAAUCCACGGGCUCCCUGGGAGGAAGCGGGCAGGUUUCGCCGUGCUCCUCCGUGAGGGAACAGCAGCUACAACAGGAGCUGCUGACCCUGAAGCAGAAGCAGCAGAUCCAACGGCAGAUCCUCAUCGCCGAGUUCCAGCGGCAGCACGAGCAGCUGUCCCGUCAGCACGAGGCCCAGCUCCAGGAACACAUCAAGCAGCAACAAGAGCUGCUGGCGUUGAAGCACCAGCAGGAGCUGCUGGAGCACCAGAGGAAAAUGGAGAAUCACCGUCUGGAGCAGGAGCUGGAGAAACAGCAACGGGAGCAAAAACUGCAGCUGCUGAAGAACAAGGAACGAGGCCAAGAGAGUGCUGUGGCCAGUACUGAGGUGAAGAUGCGUCUCCAGGAGUUUGUCCUAAACAAGAAAAAGGCCCUGGCGCAGCGGAGCCUCAACCAAGGAGGCCUCCCCAACGACGCUCCCUACUGGUACCGAAAAACCCAGCACAGCUCUCUGGACCAGAGCUCGCCUCCACAGACUGGUGUGUCCACCUACAACCACCCUGUGUUAGGUGUCUACAACCCCCGGGAUGACUUCCCACUCCGAAAGACCGCCUCCGAGCCCAACCUGAAGCUGCGCUCCAGGCUGAAGCAGAAGGUAAGCGAGCGGAGGAGCAGUCCGCUGCUGCGUCGUCGAGACAGCCCCAUCACCUCCGCCAAGAAACGCUCGCUCGACAUGGCAGACUCUGCGUGUAGCAGCGCCCCUGGCUCAGGCCCAAGCUCCCCAAAUAACAGCUCCAACAACAUCCCCAAUGAGAACGGCAUCACUGUGUCAGUCUCCAACAACACGGAGGCGUCUCUGGCCCAGAGGCUGUGCAGCGGCGCUGAGAGGGGCUCCGUUAACCAGCUGUCCCUCUACACUUCUCCAUCCUUACCCAACAUCACCCUGGGGCUGCCCGCCACAGCCACGGCCACUGCUGCUUCCAAUGUGACCUCAGCCCAGCAGGACGGAGGUCUGCAGCCGGCCCUCUCCCUCAGCCCUCCCUUCCUCUCCGGUGGCCACUUGACCCCCUACCUGGCCGAGGCGGGAGCGGGAACAGGAGGGCACGGCGGGCACAGUCCACUCCUGCAACACAUGGUGCUCAUGGAGCAGAGUCCAGCACAGAGCCCCCUGGUGACAGGCGUAAGCGGCUUGUCCAUGUCGUCGGCAGCCUCCAUGGCCAAGCUGCAGCGGCAGCACCGGCCCCUGGGACGGACCCAGUCGGCCCCGCUGCCACAGGGGAGCGCCGCCCAGGCCCACGCCCAGGCCCUCGCCCUGCAGCAGCUGGUUGUCCAGCAGCAGCACCAGCAGUUCCUGGAGAAGCACAAGCAGCAGUUCCAGCAGCAGCAGCUCCACCUCAACAAGAUGAUGGCCAAGCCCAGCGAGUCACCUGUGGGCCGUCAGCACCAGAGCCACCCGGAAGAGACGGAGGAGGAGCUGCGGGAGCACCAGGACGGCGGCGCCCUGCUGCCGGGGGUCACCAUCAAGCAGGAGCCCCCCGACCCGCAGGAGCUCCAGGAGGAGGCGCUGCAGCAGCACAGGGAGAGGCAGGCGGAGCAGGAGCUCCUCUUCAGACAGCAGGCGUUGUUGUUAGAGCAGCAGAGGAUCCACCAGCUGAGAAACUACCAGGCCUCCAUGGAAGCUGCGGGCUUGUCAAUCUCCUUCCCGGGACACCGCCCCCUGUCCAGGGCACAGUCGUCUCCCGCUUCGGCCUCCUCCUUUCCAAUCAGCGUCCCGGCCCCUGAUCCGCCUGUCAAGCCUCGCUUCACCACAGGCCUGGUGUACGACUCCUUAAUGCAGAAGCACCAGUGCAUGUGCGGCAACACCAACAGUCACCCGGAGCACGCCGGCCGGAUUCAGAGCAUUUGGUCCCGGCUGCAGGAGACCGGACUCAGAGCGCAGUGCGAGUGCAUCCGUGGGAGGAAGGCCACUCUGGAAGAGCUGCAGACGGUUCACUCUGAAGCCCACGUCCUGCUGUAUGGAACCAACCCUCUCCGACAGAAACUUGAUUGUUCAAUCACUCCCAUGUUCGUACGGCUACCGUGUGGAGGAGUGGGAGUGGACAGCGACACCAUUUGGAACGAGGUCCACUCUUCCAGCGCCGCUCGGCUCGCCGUCGGAUCCGUAGUGGAGCUGGUUUUCAAAGUGGCCACCGGGGAGCUGAAGAAUGGUUUCGCUGUCGUCCGCCCCCCCGGACACCACGCAGAGGAAAGCACUCCCAUGGGCUUCUGUUACUUCAACUCCGUGGCCAUCGCCGCCAAACUGCUGCAGCAGAGACUCAACGUCAACAAAAUCCUCAUCGUGGACUGGGACGUUCACCAUGGCAACGGCACCCAGCAGGCGUUCUACGAUGACCCCAAUGUCCUUUACCUGUCGAUUCAUCGCUACGACGACGGCAACUUCUUCCCUGGAAGCGGGGCACCUGACGAGGUGGGAAGUGGUCCUGGAGUUGGGUUCAACGUCAACGUUGCCUUCACCGGAGGUCUCGACCCACCCAUGGGAGAUGCAGAGUACCUGGCUGCCUUCAGGUCAGUGGUGAUGCCCAUAGCCAACGAGUUCGCUCCGGACAUUGUGCUGGUUUCCUCUGGCUUCGACGCCGUGGAGGGACACCCUCCACCACUGGGAGGCUACAACCUGACAUCCAAAUGUUUUGGCUAUCUGACCAGGCAGCUGAUGACGCUCGCUGGAGGCCGGGUGGUCCUGGCUCUGGAGGGAGGUCACGACCUCACCGCCAUCUGUGACGCCUCUGAGGCCUGCGUGGCUGCCCUGCUAGGCCAGGAGCUGGACCCGCUGCCAAAGGCCGUCCUCGAGCAGAGGCCCAACCCCAACGCUGUCCGCUCCUUGGAGAAAGUUUUAGAGACUCACAGUAAGUACUGGCGCUCAGUGCAUCGCUACUCGCCGCGGCUGGGUCUCUCCCUGCUGGAGGCCAAACGAGGAGACUCCGAGGAGGCCGAGGCCGUCAGCGCCAUGGCCUCUCUGUCCGUGGCCAACACCAACACCAUGGAUCACAGGCCGGAGGAGGAACCGAUGGAAGAGGAGGAACCACUGUAACGGAGGGAAACAUGAGGGUGUCACACUGUUAACCUUUGACCUCUCCGGAGAAGAGUCUCGACUGAUCCCUUCAUUUAGUCCCCCCUAACCCCACUCACCAC